UUCGGUAACUGUCUGUGGUUCGGUCGGUCUUUCUUUACCUGUCUAUGGUCCUUCUCUGCUGCUGGCCUCCGCUGUGUUAAGCGGGCAUGGAGCGUUAAUUUAACCGACACCUGCUGCGACAACAAACAAUCUAAACGAGGGAUUUUCUUCACCGGCGGUACAAGGAUGGAUGUAGCUGGGGACCAGGCUUGUUAUUAACAUAGUUUGUUAUGAUGACUGACACGGCGAUGUUGCCUCCCUCAGAGAAACUGCCAGUUUCAGGCUGAGUUUUCGGCAUGACAGGGUAACAUACUAUGAAAGAAUCUAUAUCUGAAACAAGUGUCCGUAGCUCUUUUAAAAGUCAGCAUCUCAUUACCUUGUUAUCAAGAUUUCCAAUACAGAUUUUCAAAUGAAAAUGGAGGAUAUGCCCCUGUCAGGCCCAGACAACACCAGGCUGGAGGCCUUGGUCCAUGACAUCUACUCUGAGCUGGUGGAAGAUGCCUGUUUGGGCCUGUGUUUCGAGGUUCACCGUGCUGUGAAACAGGGCUACUUCUUCUUGGAUGAAACGGACCAAGAGAGCAUGAAGGAGUUUGAAAUAGUGGACCAGCCAGGUGUUGACAUAUUUGGCCAGGUGUACAAUCAGUGGAAAAACAAAGAGUGUGAAUGCCCAAACUGCAAAAGAUUGAUAGCAGCUUCUCGCUUCGCCCCGCACUUGGAGAAAUGUCUCGGCAUGGGACGCAACAGCAGUCGCAUCGCCAACCGCAGACUAGCCAGCAACAAUAACAUGAGCAAAUCAGAGAGUGAUCAGGAAGACAACGAUGACCUCAAUGAUAACGACUGGUCGUACGGUGCAGAGAAAAAAGCAAAAAAGAGAAAGUCAGAUAAGAAUCAAAAUUCCCCAAGAAGACCCAAAUCUCUAAAACAUAAAAAUGGUGAGCUUGGGAGCAGCAUCAGUUCAGAGCCUUACAAGUACAACUACAACACUGGCAUCAGUUAUGAAACUUUAGGCCCUGAUGAAGUCAGGUCCCUUUUAACAACGCAAUGUGGGGUGAUCUCUGAGCACACCAAGAAGAUGUGUACCAGGUCUCAUCGAUGUCCCCAGCACACGGACGAACAGAGGAGGGCCGUCAGGCUGUUCCUCCUGGGGCCGUCCGCGCCGACGCUGCCUGAUGCAGACGCUGUGGUGGAGAGUGACAGCUUUGACAUUCCAGAUGGACAGACCCUGAUGAGCCGCCUGCAGUGGGAAGACUCUCCUGAUAUUUCACCCAGUGACUCGGCCUCAUCUAAAGCCAGCACCAACCAUUCCGAUUCUAGGAGGCCCAAGAAAAAGAAGAGGACGUCUCUCGGUUUGAACAGUGGAGUGGUAGGAGGAGUAGGAGGAGUAAUAGGAGGGGGAGGGGGAGGCGGAGGGGGAAGCCUGACUGGAGGCGGUGGCAGCAGCAGCAGCUCUCAGAGUAAUAUCAGCUUUUCGACCAAAAAAAAGAGGCCCAAACUCUCAGCACCUUCUAUUUCCAGCAUCUACGAUGAUCUAAAUUAGCAGAAGCCCUGUCUGUCAGAGCAGCUCUUUGUUCAUACCUACAUUUACAGACCUGAACAGGAUGGGAUAAAACUUGACUUAGUAGUUCUUAUUCAUUCACUCUUGACAUGUAAUUCAUUUGAACAUUUCUCCUUCGGAAUUAUGACCACAGUGUUCUAAAUGUUGUGGAUAGGGGUCAAAGCGUCCAAUCAGAGUAUCUGCAGGAACCUAUAGGGAACAUUCCACCUUAAAACAGACUUUAGCUAGCCUCAACUAGUCUUACAUGAUUAGGAAGUCUCCAGCUGUGAAUCAGAAAGCGUGCCUAUAUGCCCAUAAAGUCCCCAUAUACGGUGUCGCAGUGUCCAGGCAAUGUCAGGCAGUGUCAAUUUGCACUGUUGCACUAUAUGUCCACACUGCAUGUGGACACAUGGACAGUACACCCAUAUGCGAUUGUUGAGCAUGUCGUUCCAGAUGUAGGAUCAGAUGUUGGAACCUGGCAUACGAGCAUGAGUGAGAUCAGCGGCUGGUGGUGAGUGAUAAGGUCUGCCUCAGUCUGAACUCCAGUUUAUCCAAAAAAGGUGUUUGACGGGGUUGAGGUCGGGGCUCUGUGCAGGCCAGUCAAGUUGGUUUUUAAGCCUGUCUGGGAAAUCCAUGUCUUUAUAGAUCUGUCUUUGUGCACGGGGAAAGCACCUUAUU